AUUAUUAUUUAUGAAGACAUACGUUCGCCGAGGUUACGUGCCGUUUUUGGAGACAAAUCGGGCAAUGUGACCACAUGCACCUAUGUGUUUUUUAAAGCAAUUUUGGAGGUGUUUUGAUUGUGCGGAUUAGCCGUCGCAUGCUGAGCCGCGUAAGGGGCUAACAGGGUCUGUAGUCGGUUAAUGGUGGCUGAACGCGUAUGGCUAUGGAUGUAGCUAACGUUAACAAAUAUUUCGUGAUAAUGACUUUACGGACUACUACCCGCUCACUUGCUUCGAAGAAAGAGGAAAAACGUUUUAAAAGCCAACCUUGAUAGCAGUCAGUGCCAAAAUAAAUCCUGGAAAAUGGUUCCGAUGUGGAGGGAAAACAAUGUAUCCCCUGCCGUAUGAAGUAAACGUGUGUUGGAUUGUGGUAACAAUGUUUUUCCAUCCCCACACUUUUCUCGUGUUUGUUUGUUACGAAUAGUGGCACGAAUUUACCCAAAUAAAUGAAAUGUUUAGUGCAGAACGUGCUGCGGACACCGCGCGGAAAAGUCGCGCGAAAGACGGCGGCAGCCGCCGCAUAUUAGCACAGUGUGCCGCAGCUAACUUUAACUUCCUAGUUACUAAAACAAGUUAUUCUCUCGUGGUUGUAAGUUCCGGCCGCUGUUUUAAAUACCAGCAAACAGCGUUUCGCCCUGGCGUCCCUCGCUGCAAUAACUCCGAGUCCGCUUUUGCUUUGUUUCCCUUCGAAAGCUGCCACCGAGCCCUGCUGGGUGGCAGGUAGACCGACUCGGGUCACGGCACGGUGCCGCUCAUUCUCCCCAAACCGUCGCCUCUUCUCCACCGCCACUGUCAGCAGCGAAGCCGCCGGCGCUGCGCUCGCCGUCGGCCGUCGGGAGAAAGCGCCGGCUCGGCGUCACCCAUGAGGCCGCUGAGCUUUGAGUAAAGAGCCGAUGUAAGGUGCCCAGAUUCUUUUUCCAGCCAUUGGCAUCAUGGGACUGGAUUUUGAUGUGAAGACGUUCUGCCAUAAUCUGCGGGCCACCAAGCCCCCGUACGAGUGUCCCGUGGAGAGUUGUCGCAAGGUCUACAAGAGUUACAGUGGCAUUGAGUACCACCUCUACCAUUACGACCAUGACAACCCUCCGUCUGCACAGUGCACGCCACAGCGAAAACGGAAGGGCCGCCCACCACGGGUAUCCGGGCCUGGGGUGGAGGAUGGCGACGGGGAUGCAGAGAAGGGGAGUGGGGCUGGGUGUGGAGGCCAGGGGGCCACCCCCGGCAGUCCAGGCCUCUCAGAGCGGUCACACUCCCCUGGACGGGAAGCCAUGACCUACGCACAGGCCCAGCGUAUGGUGGAACUGGAGAUUCACGGCAAAAUGCACCGCAUCAGCAUCUUCGAGAGUCUGGAUGUGGUGUCCGAGGACGAGAGCACUGAGGAGGAUGCACCCUCCACAGGGCCUGGCUGCAAUGGCGGGGAGAACGGUGGCGGGAGCGAGGCGGGGGCUGGCAGUAAUAAGGACCGACCUGACACCCCUGCCGCCAAUGGUGGGAAGGGCACAGUCACGCCCAAGUCCGGUAAGCACAAGAGCAAAGAGAAGAAGAGGGAAGGGAGCUCGGCUCACCAUCACAGUCACAGCGUCCCCACGGGGCCCGCAGUGAAACUUCCAGAGGUGGUGUACCGGGAGCUGGACCAGGAGCAGCCCGACGCUCCCCCACGACCUUCAUCCUACUACAGGUACAUAGACAAGUCAGUGGAAGAGUUGGAUGAGGAGGUGGAGUAUGACAUUGACGAGGAGGACUACAUCUGGCUGGACAUCAUGAACAACAAGCGGCGCAGCGAUGGCGUGGCCCCUGUCCCUCAGGAGGUCUUUGAAUACCUCAUGGACCGCCUGGAGAAGGAGUCUUACUUCGAAAGCCACAACAAGGCCGACCCAAGCUCACUAAUCGACGAGGACGCCGUGUGCUGCAUCUGCAAUGAUGGCGAGUGCCAGAACAGCAACGUCAUCCUGUUCUGUGACAUGUGCAACCUGGCCGUGCACCAGGAGUGUUACGGCGUGCCCUACAUUCCCGAGGGUCAGUGGCUGUGCCGCCGCUGUCUGCAGUCACCAUCCCGGGCUGUCGACUGUGCCCUCUGCCCCAACAAGGGUGGUGCCUUCAAGCAGACAGACGACGCGCGCUGGGCCCACGUGGUGUGCGCUCUGUGGAUCCCCGAGGUAUGCUUUGCCAACACUGUGUUCCUGGAGCCCAUCGACAGCAUCGAGCACAUUCCCCCGGCUCGCUGGAAGCUCACCUGCUACAUUUGCAAGCAGCGUGGUUCCGGGGCCUGCAUCCAGUGCCACAAGGCCAACUGCUACACGGCCUUCCAUGUUACGUGCGCCCAGCAGGCUGGCCUCUACAUGAAGAUGGAGCCCGUGAGGGAGACCGGUGCCAACGGGACGUCCUUCAGCGUGCGCAAGACGGCCUACUGUGACAUCCACACGCCGCCCGGCUCCAUGCGGCCCAUGGGUGGCGUGGGGGGAGCCGGCCUGAACUCCUCUCACAGUGAGGGGGAGCCAGAGGACGAGGACGAGCCAGGCCCCCAUGACGAGGACUCCAAGGGCUGGAGUUCAGAGAGGGUGAAGCGAGCCAAGGCCAAGUCACGCCUUAAGAUGAAGAGGGCCCGGAAGAUCCUGGCAGAGAAGAGGGCGGCCGCUCCCGUGGUGUCAGUGCCCUGCAUCCCCCUGCACAGGCUCAGCAAGAUCACUAGCCGCCUGACCAUCCCCAGGAAGAGCCAGUUCAUGCAGCGGCUGCACAGCUACUGGACUCUGAAGAGGCAGAGCCGUAAUGGCGUGCCGCUGCUGCGCCGUCUGCAGACGCACCUGCAGUCACAGCGCCAUGCAGAGCAGCUUCCUGCAAACGACAGCGAAGAGAAGCAGUCAGCCUUGAAGGAGCAGCUGAAGGCCUGGCAGAGGCUGAGGCACGACCUGGAGAGAGCCAGGCUCCUGGUGGAGCUUAUCCGCAAGAGGGAGAAGCUGAAAAGAGAGGCGAUCAGGGUGCAGCAGCAGGCCCUAGAGAUGCAGCUGACUCCCUUCCUGUUCCUGUUGCGAAACACGCUGGAGCAGCUGCAGGACAGAGACACCAGCCACUUCUUCACCGAGCCGGUGCCGUUGGCAGAGGUGCCUGAUUACUUGGACCACAUAGAGAAGCCCAUGGACUUCCAGACGAUGUGGAAGUGCCUGGAGACUCAUCGCUACCUUAGCUUCGACGCUUUUGAAGCUGAUUUCGGUCUCAUUGUCAACAACUGCCUCAAGUACAAUGCCAAGGACACGGUGUUCUAUCGGGCGGCUCUGCGCCUCCGAGAAACAGGGGGCGGCGUGCUCCGGCAGGCCAGGCGGCAGGCCGAGAAGAUCGGCUUUGAUUAUGACACCGGACUGCACCUCCCCCGGGAGCCUGGCUCUGAGCCACCACGAGAAAGGGACCGUGAGCGGGACCGUGAGCGGGAACGUGAGCGGGACCGAGAGAGGCCGCUGCCCUCUGAGGAUGAUCUGCACUUGCCUGAGAACCGGCGGCGCCUCCCACUGGAGGAGCAGCUGCGUGUGCUGCAGGCUCGCUUCGACGAGGUGAGCGCUGGCAAACACAGCAUCGGCCGCUCGCGUCGCGCCAAAGCCCUGCGCAAGGAGAUGACCGUCAUCAAGCGCAAGCUUGCUCACCAGCGUGAGGGCGGGGGCGGGGCUGGACCCAGAGACACAGGGGGCGGGCCUGAGCGGGGCCCUUCUAUGCCCCACCUCCUCUCUGCCACGACGCCCCAUGAUGAGGGAGGGGAGAGUAGCAGCCAUGAGAUCAGUGGCAAGGAUCUCACUGCCUCUUCCUCCGCACUGGCCCCGGAGGUGGGACGCCGCACCUCUGUCCUCUUCUCCAAGAAAAAUCCCAAAGCGGCCGGACCACCCAAGAGACCCGGCCGGCCUCCCAAGAACCGCGACGUGGGACACGGAGGUCCUGGUGUGAGCCCCAGCCCCGUAGGGCCUCCCCAGCUGCCUCUGCUCUCUUCUCCCCGGCAGCGCAAGCGGACGCGUAGCCCUCGGUCCAGCACCAGCUCGGAAAGCGACAGCGACAAUGACGACCUGCUGCCCGGCCUGCCUAGUAACGGUUUUGAUGGGGGCAGCCAGCCGGUGACGGAGAGCUUCCGCGUGUACAGGAAUGAGCGUAGCCUGCCCCGCUCCAGCUCGGACUCUGAGUCCUCCACCAGCAGCAGCAGCAGCGCAGCCUCCGACCGCACCAGCACAACUCCAUCGAAACAGGGUCGUGGGAAACCCUCGUUUUCCCGCUCCACCUUCCCAGACGACAGCAGCGAAGACACGUCAGGAACCGAGAAUGACUCGUACUCUGUAGGCGGGGGGAGGGGCAUGUCGCACAUGGUGCGUCCACGGAGCAGGUCUGGGUGCUGGAUGACGUCAGAGGACUACACAUCGCUUGACGCUUUGGACCUGGUGUGGGCCAAGUGCCGGGGAUACCCUUCGUACCCCGCGUUGAUCAUAGACCCCAAGAUGCCCCGUGAGGGCAUGUUUCACCGCGGUGUGCCCAUCCCAGUGCCUCCACUGGACGUGCUGAAGCUGGGGGAGCAGAUGACUCAGGAGGCCCGAGAGCACCUCUUCCUGGUGCUCUUUUUUGAUAACAAGAGGACCUGGCAGUGGCUGCCACGGUCCAAACUGGUUCCCUUGGGUGUGGACCAGGAACUGGACAAGGAGAAGAUGCUGGAGGGAAGGAAGUCCAACAUUCGCAAGUCAGUGCAGGUGGCUUAUCAUCGAGCCAUGCAGCAUCGCAACAAAGUACAGGGGGUCCCCAGCAGCGACACAAGUGAUACAGACUGAGCAGCACGCGCACACAGACACACAAACGAACGAACCUGCACUCGUGCUCUGUGGGAUGGUGCCGAGCGAGAGGACUGUCUGCCCAUUGGAACGGAAGAGGACGCGCACGAUCGCCGGGGCACCACCAGUGUGCACGCAGACAGUUGUCUAAGAUGAUAAGGUGACCUUCUCUCCAAAGCCCCACACACCCACACAUCCCUGAGGAGUUUCAGCAACAGUGGCGGGCCAAAUGAAGUUAAAACUGAAUCAGAAAAUAUUUAUUGACGUCUUGUAGGAACAGUGUCCAGAGCAAAGUAUGACGCAGUUCAGAGUAAUACUGUUAUGUUUCUGACUCAGUGACUGUUGUGGUACACAGACUAACAUGUCGCUCAGCUGUUUCCCUCAGUCCCACUGUCUCUUUCCUUCCGCUUCACCCUCAAAAAAGAACAUGCGGGUUGGAUGAAUGGGAUGUAAGUCCAGGUGUGUACGAAUCAUCAUCUCUGGUGGCGUACUGUUCAGUGCCUCCACGGUUCGGACCUUCCUUCAGUCGCUCCCUCUGGUGUGUCUGGUCUAGUAACUCCCUUGAAGACUAGUGUAGGUUUGGGUUCUGUCUGAUGGCGGGCGAGUACAAAAGCACAGGAUGGCGAUAGUGACUUGUACUUGUUUACAAACGGACCCAUUUCAUUCAAGACUUAUAUUUUGUAUUUAAGAGUCUGGAAAGUCAACACAGAUGUAUGGAAGUACUGUUUCAUUAAAGCCUAAUCCAGAUCUUUGCUGGCCUUGUGAACCUGUUACUGUGUAUGUGUACUUAUCAUUGCAUAUAAGCUGUUUGCUAUGUGGAUCAGUCCUAAGGACGCGAUUGUGACGCGGUGUUGGAGAUGUACAUCUACAAGCCCACCUUUUCUAUGGUAAAGAUAUAAAUAGACUAGAUGUAUUACUAAUCAGAAGCAUGAGAACACUCCAUGGAUCCAUGUUGAAAUGUCAAGUGUAAUUUCAGCACAGACUGAACUGUGGUAAUGUUACAGUGCAUGCAAGAGAUGUACUUUGUGUUCGGGAAAACUGAAGGGGAAUCUUUGGUGAUCAUGAACAUUGUAUUAUUUAUUUUGCCUCAAUGAUCCCUAUGUGUCACUUAAAGGAUUUGGAGCCUCUGAUACUUGCACUGUGGGGAUAUUGUAUGUCAGUCAUUUUUUUGAUGUGCCCUCCCCCCCCCCCCCCCAUUUUGUUUAGUGGCGGGAUCAGUAAGUUGGUGAAUAACGUUAAUGUAUAACUGAAAUGUGGAUAUAGGAUAUAGGGAAAAAUGACAGCCCUACCAUUGAGUGGACUAGUGACAUGGUGGCUGAUCACAUGGUUUUGUUUGUCCUAGUUUCAGGCCAAUGAUAUUAGAAAUUUUAUAUAUAUAAAAUUAAGAUAGAACUUUAAUAAAAAGGUUUCAGUUUUGUACAA